UAGAGUAGCUGAAACUGUAAAAGCUUUGAGGACGAGUUAUAGGCAACUUUCAUGGCCUCCACCACCAUGGAACAAUCCCGUCGAAGGGAUGAUCAAUCAGAGUUCAAUUUGAGAGAAUGGGCCCUCAAGGCACGCCUCAGCCGUGAAAACACCAAUUCCAGAAGGUUUUCUGCUUCCAAUAUCAGAAGCUUCAGAGAGGACACGAGGUCUUUCAGAUCAAACAUUACCAUUUCAAGCACCGCUUCUUCUCCUGGCUACCCUUUAAAAGAUGAAAUCGACCCUUCCACAUAUUCAUUUUCCACUGCCCUUAAAGCAUUGCAGGCGAGGUCUGGCUUUAAUAGUUGGGAGUGCUUAUCCCCAGAUGGGUUUGCUUUGAAUUCCAAGUGGAAUGAAGCAGAAAAAUAUAUAAGCAACCCUCUUUCCGGGGAGGUUCCAAUGGAGUGUCUCUCUGCUAAAACACUUAGCGGAAGAUCCUUUCGAAACUUAACAAAUAGAAUCACCAUGUCUGCUCCUCUUGUUUACCCUUCCCACCAUUCACGCCAGCUCCAAACUAAGCCGCCUUCAGCUUCUGCACAAGAUGCUCCACUUCUCCAAUCGCCAAUUCCAGAAAAGAAAAUGGAGGGUAUGAUGACUAGAGAUGUGGGGACUCAAAGCACACCGCCUGAGCUAAGUUCAAGCAGUCCUAGCCCUGCUUCCACCCCUCCCAUCAUAGAGAGAUCAAUAAAGAGAUUUGGAAUUGAAGCCGGAGAUUCACCUAAUUCAAGUGCAAUAAUCAAAACCAAGCAAGAGGUGGAAGUGAAAGAAACAAGAGACACAGAAGAAACAAGAAGAGAAAAGGAAGCGAUGAGAAAGAAGAAAGGAGAGCAAAUGUGGAGGCAAGCUGGGUGCUUGUCGUGGAUAUCGAUGAGAAGAAAAAGGCAGAGAGAGAAACGCAAACCAAGAAAGAAUAAUAUCUUUCUAACUCAUCUCAAUGGGUGCUGAUGAAAAAGAGUAAAGAAUAUUAGGCUGGGGAGAUUCUCUCUCCUCUCUCUUUUUCAGGGAUUUAGCAGGGCCGGUGAGUGUGACCCGUAGGAAAAAAAUGAGAGCAAUCAUGAAGGGAUGGGGUCCUAUCUCCUAUGCCGCUUGUUUUCUUUCUGGUUAAUUCGUGUUGCUCAUGUGUUGUGUUAUAUGUUCUGUUUUUGUUGUGGUUUAGAUAGGCUGACAGCUUGGGGGUUCACGUGCAUACUUUUGUUUCUGCCUCAGCCAUGGAAAUGGAAUGGUUCUCAUCAA